AUGCCCGGAAGAAGCGUCGUCUUGCUUCUGGAUAUAUUUCAAGAGCCCACCAGGAAGAAGACUCUAUCAGGGGUAAAAACAACCGCCUUGAUGAAACCAAGGACCUACAGCGCCAGUGCGUCACACUAUACACGCAUCUGGUAUCGCAAGGCUCCUGCAGCAGCAUGUAGUAGCGGUGGAACUACUGCCAAUCCGGCCAGCCAGCUUCAACUUGAAUACACACCGGCACAAGUCUUGCAGGAAAAGGUGUUCUUCUCUGCUCUUCUCACUGUGGCGGCCGACGUGUCUGUCACUGUCGGUGGUGCUACAGUGCCUGCUACGUGGACCAAGACCCCCGAAAAUGACAUUGGUAUUCACCAUGGCGAAGCCUCAUUCAGCGGCCAUUCUGGCGAUGUUGUUGUGACCAUCCACCGUGGGGGAACUGUCAUUGCAAAGGUCACCGGCGCCAGCAUCUCGGAUUCCUGCACCAAUGGCAUUCAGAAUUACAACGCGUGGGUGGGAAGUGCUUCCAGCUCUGCCGCCGUCUCCGCGUCGCCCGGACUCAAGCUUGAUGAUGUGGUCUGCGUCAAUGGUACCAGCGUGAACGACUUUGUCGGAUUGUGUGAAUUUGCCUGUCAUUAUGGAUACUGCCCCUAUUCCGCGUGUACUUGUGAGUCUCUGGGUGCCGAGAGGAAGAAGUCAGGAUAUCCGAUUGCAGGAGAGGAUGCUACAUACAGCGGCCUGUGCAGUUUCAGUUGCAACUAUGGCUACUGUCCUGAGAAUGCUUGUGGCACCGAGGAGGUGGAACUGACCGUGCCCAUUGUGUCUGGCUUUGCUGCCCCGGCCUGUGUUGCGGGUACUGAUGAUGGAGACCUGGCAGGACUGUGCUCGUAUGCUUGCAAUUUUGUUACUGUCCUAUCAACUCCUGCACCUGUACCACAAGGGGCGCUUGAAUGUACCCAAAGCGCCUACUGCUGGACUGAGUGCCGCAGAUACUAUUGCCCCGAUUCCUGCGUCUCGAAGGACAGCAGUGAUGACGGCAACGAUGGAAGCAGCGGCGAUGGCAGCCAUGGCGGCGGCUCCGGCGAUGUUGCCUAUGUUGGACCCUCGUUGUGGACCGACGAUGAUCACGAUGCCCUCUGCGAGCCUCCUUGCACUCUGACCCUUCUUAAAUAUCCUUUGUCUCCUACCUCAACCGUGACCUGGGGCCCUGUCACCGUCCCCCUGAUCUCCCCAGGCGACAAUGACGCCGUCGUCACCACGUCUACCGUCGUCACGCCCAAGCCCUUCCCUCUCGGCUAUCAUGCCACAUCACUCCCCAUCAACCUUCACCCCGGUGUUGAACUAAUGCCCACAGACUCUUCCUUCACCUGGACUACCGGUCCCUCGCCGAGCAUUACCGUCGGACCAGGUGCGACUUUCACCUCCUCGACCACAGGCGUGGUCAUCGUGACAUUCCACUCGUCUUCGCACAGCGUCGACGUUCAGCCCACCUCCACCGGAACCAUCAUCCAGCCCAAACCCCCAAUCCCCAAGAUAACCGUCAAGCCAGGCAAACCCCACGACUCUCCCCCGGGGUUGGGAACCUGCCCCGGAUCGUCUGGCGGAAGCUCAGGUGGCGGUGGCAGCCACGGACACGGCAACGACGAUGAUGAUGACGAGGAGCCCAACUCGUGCUGCACCACUCAGACGGCCUCUAUCUGCACAGAGGUCAUCAGCAGCUACACGCCGGCCGGCGCAGCCACAAUGACUACCACCACGAAGAGCUACUGCGAAGCAACCGCCAGCUGCUCACCCACUGGAUCCACGGAGACCAUCACCAGGACAUCCGAAGAGAUCCACCCGAUGACCGUGACUGCCGUCGAUGUCUUCGCCACGGCGGAACCAGACUCCGGGCUGAAGUCCAUCGCCAGUAGCAUCUCCAGCAGGCAGAAAGCCGACUUCGCCACCGAAUGGGCCACCAAGACUACAUCCAGCGACAGCCGUCCCGCCCCUACCAGCGGGUCCAACCCAGGCAAGGUCGAAAUCACCUACUACAAAGACGACGCGCCCGAUGCGGUGAUUACAGACGGUGCUUAUAACGGGAUGAAGGACGGGAUGUCGUUCACGAUAUUCGGUACCAAGUGUAUCUAUAAGGAUACCUCGGGGGGCUUUGCUCUUUGGGGGAGGGACUUGCGCAAAGGGAAAUCAGCACUGGAAUCCCUUGGUGAUUUGUAA